AUGCCUAUCAAGAAUGAAGGCCAGGAGUACUCCGAACUCCCUUACUUCAUCGCCUACCGUCGGCAGCAGGCGGAGAAAUUGUUCUUCCACGCUCGCAGCAAAGAACAUGGUCUAAAGCAUGUCGACAUUCGAACGGGGAUUUUGGCAAUAUUCUGGUUGAUCGUGGUGGCGCUGGUGUUCAUGCUGCUCAUCAAGCUGCUUUCGAAUGUAAUAAUAGGCUACGUCUCCUCCCCAGUGGCAACUCAAAUCAAAGCUGAGCACACCUCCAUCAUAUUUCCCGACGUCACAAUAUGUGCCAAGUCGCCUUUUAACAUUCAAAGAAAAGAAGCCGCGGAUUCUGCCGAUGCAGGAGAGACAUUCGAUGCGGAUUAUUUCACGGACUUGCAUUCAAAUGUAAAACGAAGUCUGGUAGAUGCAUCUUUGAAGCUGACCAAUGGCAGUAUCCAGGCGGCGAUGUUAAUCCAGAUGGCAACUAGGGAGGGUGAGCUCAGUAAAACAAUUAUCUGUUUGAUAUGUACUUUCAACGCUAGCCUCUUUCUAGAGCUACUUUGGCUCACAUGA